AUGCCACCCAGGAAGAAAUUGCGGCUCUCCUCCCAGGGAGCUCUGACUCCACAAACAGAGAACCUCCAGCAUACGCCUACCACACCCGCGCAACCAGACGUUGUAUCUAAGUUUGAGAGUGAAAGUGAUUCCAUAAUCACAGACCCAUGGACGGAGGAGCAAGAAAUAUCAUUGCUAAAAGGAAUCAUACGAUGGAAACCUGUCGAUGGAUCUGAUGACUCAGAGCCAGCGCAAGAGCCUUACUGCCCAUUUCAGCUACCAUACGAUGAAUACGGGGAGAUGAUGUUUAAGAGAAGGCUUGCCCCGGAAGGGUCAUCGUCUCCUCCAAUGAGCCUUGCUGGAGGAUCAGUAAGGGCUAGUACAAUUGCAGACACAGACGAACUAAGUUCCUCGCCCGCACCAUCUCGUGGCCGGCGAGGAAACCGUAGCACACGCGCCAUAACUCGAGGCACACGAUUUUCACGGUUACAUGCUGAAACCGAGAAUGGAAAGGGGCGACAAAAUAAUAAGGCUAGUCCGCAUAAAGAAGAAGAUACCGCUGAAGAUGGCGAGGGAGAAGAAGGAGAUGAGGAGGGGACGGAGACAGCUGAAGAGGAAGACACUGAUACACAGACUAUGGACUCUGCGCGGGCAAGGCCGACUCGGACGCAGGCUACGCGUGGGAAAGCGAAAAAGCCGAGUAAAGGCCCGCCUAAACGCGGUAGGCGACGGUGA